UCUCUGUAUCUCUAAUGUGCUUAGGGUUUUGACUUAACUUCCCUUGUCUGAGUAGCGUUCGAGGGUUUUAUCAUUCAACUGGUGGAAGAGUGAACUCCAAUCGACAAUCUUCAUGGAUAAUUCAUCUCUUGGUUCUGCUGAAUUGCAGCAAUUUAUCGCUCAAGAGAAGGAAAGAGCGAUGGUUAAUGAAAUGGUGGCUAAGCUGACUAGUGCUUGCUGGGAUAAAUGCAUCACGGGCACCCCUGGAAGCAAGUUCAGUUCAAGUGAAUCUUCUUGUCUCACAAAUUGCGCACAGCGUUACAUGGACUUGAGCAUUCUUAUCAUGAAACGGUUUCAGAACAUGCAAUGAAGAUCAUUGGCCACUGAUGUGCGUUCUCAAUCUGAUUCUCCAAUUUUCGAUGCCUAUUAUGUUUGAUCAUCAAUGUUACUGUUUACCAAAUUUUGGAAUUAAUUUCUGUUUUGUUGAGAUUAUUGCCUCAGGAAUCAGGAUAUUCGUUUCUGGUAUGUCUGAAGCUUUUGAAAACAGCCCUUCUUUAAUAUGAUGGGUAACUAAUAGGCUUGAAAGCAACUUAGCUGCAUGUUCUUUAGUAUAUCUGAAAGUCUUAAAGAUCAUCAAUGCUUCUAUUUUGUUGGCCUGAUUCA